AUGCAGUCCCAUCAUGAUCAUGGCCAUGUGGCUGAGCAUCAUCAAACUCCUAGACCCAGAAGAAGAAUAGUGACACAUGACAAUGGUAACACCCACAUCAUAAUCUGGCUAGCAGCCAUUCUAUGCACCAUCAUAGCCAUAGGUGUUGUAAUAGCAGGCAUAGUAGUGUUUGUGGGUUACGUGGUGAUCCACCCAAGAAUUCCAACCAUCACCAUCACCGAUGCUCAUCUAGACCUUCUCAGUAAUGACUACUCUGGGAGUCUCCAAACCCAACUCAGAAUUUUUGUUGUGGCACAGAAUGGGAAUGCCAAGGCUCAUGCAACGUUUUCUGACAUAGGAUUCAACCUAAGCUACCAAGGCCAAGGCAUAGCAAAGAUGGUUGCUCCGCCAUUUGAGGUUCCCAAGAACAACUCAAAGACCCUCAACUAUAUGGUUCAGUCUUCUCCUAUACCCUUAACUCCUGAUCAAAUGGAGGAAGUGAGUGAGUCAUGGAAACGAGAUAUCAUUGGCUUUGACAUAAAGGGUGGCGCUAGGACACGGUGGAGAGUAGGGCCUUUAGGUUCUCUUAAGUUCUGGUGCAGUUUGGAUUGUACUCUCAAGUUUCACCCUUCCAAUGGGAGUUACAUUCACUCACGACGAUGCACCUCUGAAUCUAAAUGA